AGAAAAAGAUACGGAGAAGACUAAACCCCAAAACGAAAACGACGUCGUACAUAGUAUCACGAAAAAGUGUUGUUUUUCGAACAAGGAAAAGGUUUAACUUCAAACGUUGUUGUUGGGUCUGUUCUGUUCGAUACAAACGAAGAAAAUCAUUCUGUCUUUGUCUUCCCUUUUCCUAUUUGUCUCCGCCGUUUUUAACGUCAAUUUCUCCAAACCAACAAUUUCACCUUCUUCUUAUCAACCCUUCUCUCUCUCACACACUCAUUUCUCAUUCUCUUUCAAUAAUCUUCAACCCUUUCUCUCUUUCUCUCUCUACAACAAUGUCUCAGGCUGCGGCUACUCGAUCCAUUCAAACCUCUCUUUUACGACCCACUUCAGGAUCUACACAAGAAAGGUCUCAAACCUUGUUAAAGCCUUCAACUUUUUCCUGCAAAGCUUUUCCAUCACAGGGUAACAAUAUCCCCAACGUUUGCCUCAGAAACUCUCCAAUCAAUGCAAGAAAAUCUGCAUCUGCUGAAGUUGUUCCUGUUUCACCUGAAGAUGAUUCAAAGAUUGAGGAGGAGUUGUUGAAGUUACGUGGUUUACAGCAAUUUGGUGAUGCUUCUGGUGGAAUUUGGUCAAAGCCAACUGUUAGAAGGAAGACAAAGAUUGUUUGUACUAUUGGUCCUUCUACUAAUACAAAGGAAAUGAUUUGGAAGUUGGCUGAAGCUGGAAUGAAUGUUGCUCGGUUGAAUAUGUCUCAUGGAGAUCAUGCUUCUCAUAAGAAAGUUAUUGAGUUGGUUAAAGAAUAUAAUGCACAAUCUAAGGACAAUGUAAUUUCAAUUAUGCUUGAUACCAAGGGUCCUGAGGUUAGGAGUGGGGAUUUGCCACAGCCAAUUUUGUUAAAAACUGGGCAGGAAUUCACUUUUACUAUCAAAAGUGGUGUUGGAACUGCAGAUUGUGUUAGUGUGAACUAUGAUGAUUUUGUCAAUGAUGUUGAAGAAGGGGAUAUGCUUCUUGUUGAUGGUGGUAUGAUGUCUUUCUUGGUUAAGUCCAAAACUGCGGAUACUGUGAAAUGUGAAGUUAUUGAUGGAGGAGAGCUUGCAUCAAGGAGACAUUUGAAUGUUAGAGGAAAGAGUGCAACAUUGCCUUCGAUCACUGAGAAGGAUUGGGAUGACAUCAAAUUUGGAGUGGAUAAUGAAGUUGAUUUUUAUGCCGUUUCUUUCGUUAAGGAUGCACAAGUAGUUCACGAACUGAAGAAUUAUUUGAAAAGCCGUGGUGCUGAUAUUCAUGUAAUUGUAAAAAUUGAAAGUGCAGACUCUAUACCGAACUUGCAUUCAAUUAUUACCGCAUCUGAUGGGGCUAUGGUUGCAAGAGGAGAUCUUGGUGCAGAACUCCCUAUUGAGGAGGUUCCUCUUUUGCAGGAAGAGAUAAUUAGGAUAUGCCGUAGCAUGGGAAAGGCUGUUAUUGUGGCAACAAACAUGCUGGAAAGCAUGAUUGUUCACCCGACACCAACCAGAGCCGAGGUAUCUGAUAUUGCAAUUGCUGUUCGAGAAGGUUCAGAUGGAAUAAUGCUUUCUGGAGAAACUGCUCAUGGAAAGUUUCCAAUAAAAGCUGCGAAAGUAAUGCACACGGUAGCAUUACGGACAGAAGCCGCUUUACCAAGUGGGCAGAUGCCGCCACCUAAUAUUGGCCAAGUAUUCAAGAACCACAUGAGCGAGAUGUUUGCAUACCACGCAACCAUGAUGUCUAAUACCCUUGGAACAUCAACUGUUGUCUUCACUAGAUCAGGCUUCAUGGCUAUUCUAUUGAGCCAUUAUCGACCCUCAGGCACCAUAUUUGCAUUUACUGAUCAGAAAAGGGUACAACAAAGGUUGGCUUUGUAUCAAGGAGUCUGUCCUAUUUACAUGGAAUUCUCUGAUGACUCGGAAGAGACAUUCACAAAAGCCUUGGAUUUGUUGCAGAAGAAUGGAAUGGUUAAAGAAGGAGAAGAAGUAGCCCUUGUACAAAGUGGAAGACAACCUAUAUGGAGGUUCCACUCCACUCACAAUAUCCAAGUCCGAACAGUAACUGCCACGAAUUAAGUUUCAGCUUCUGAGGCCUACAUAUACUUUUAGAAGUACACUACACAUUCUCUUUUUGGUGCGGUUAUGCCAAUCUUGCAUUUUUUUGUUGUUGUUUGCUUCAUAGGUUUAAUCUAUUCUUCAUUUACCGCCUUCUUGUUUUCAUAUUUAGAAUGGUUCAAUAGUUCAUUUCAUUGAAAAUUUUGAUAACGAAUAAGACUGUUUCACUAAUCUUGCUCUUUGUAUUGAAAACUCUUGUACCUUGAAUUAGUUUUGUAAUGUGAUUUUCUAAAGAAUUUUGUA